AUGAAUCCCGACGACAAAGACACCACGACAACGCUCGACUGGGACAGAGCGCUGCGCGUGGUCAAGGAGACGCUGCCGCUCAUGCGCUGUUCCAAGUCGAUCGUGGAUCGCAAGAUUGCCACGGCCCGUGUGCUCGCCCGUUACAAUAUCGACGCCGUGUACGCCGUAGAAGCCAUGGAGAUAUUCAAGCAGCGCCAGGUCGGCUGCGUCUGA